AUGCUAGAGUGGAGGUUGAUAUUUGGAAACAACCUCAGGUCAUCAGACCAGGAUGAAGAGGGCAAGACCAAGCAGGAGUGUAUCAUAUCUGACCCCUCUUUUUCCAUGGUGACAGUUCAACGGGAAGACAGUGGAAUAACAUGGGAGACCAACUCAAGUAGAUCUUCUACUCCUUGGGCCUCGGAAGAAAGUCAAACUUCUGGUGUGUGUAGUCUGGCAGGGUCGACUGUGAACUCUCCUCCAGGAAAUGUUUUCUUUAUUAUGGAUGAAGUUAAAAAGACUCGGAAAAGAGCUCAUAAGUCAAAGCAUGGCUCGCCAUCAUUACGUCGGAAAGGCAACAAAAAAAGAAAUUCUUUUGAGUCCCAAGAUGUUCCAACAAACAAAAGAGACAAUCGUUUAAUUUCAGAAAGCCAGGUACUAAACGCCGGGAAAGAGAAAUCAUAUACCAGCAUUUAUGAUAAGACAAGAAAAAAGAAGACUGCUUCGAAUACACCACCUAUUACUGGAGCAAUAUACAAAGAACACAAGCCCUUAGUGUUAAGGCCAGUCUACAUAGGAACUGUGCAAUAUAAAAUUAAGAUGUUUAAUUCAGUGAAAGAAGAAUUAAUUCCUUUGCAGUUUUAUGGAACACUGCCAAAGGGUUAUGUAAUUAAAGAAAUACAUUAUAGAAAAGGGAAAGAUGCAUCCAUUAGUCUAGAGCCAGAUAUGGGCAGUAGUGAUUCUAAUAUAGUCUCCAAGACAGGAAAGUUAGUAGCCCAAAGCAUAGAAGAUGACACAGCAAAAGAGCUUGCUCCACCCUGUAGGGUUGCACUUUACAAAGGAGCAAAGUCCCUGACUUCUGUGUUCAGUCAUGAAGAUCAAAAGCAAGCUCACGUUGAUUCCCCACUAAGUGCCAAAUCUGCCUCUGAGCAUACUGUCUCCUCUUAUUCAAGUAAUGACACAGCAGAGCGGGAAGCACAGCCCAGGCCUCCACAGUCACAACAGCCAGAUCUUGAAGCAAAAAUUCAGGAAACAGAGCCUUUCUCUCUGACACCCACCAUAGCAGCGACUGUUCUGGGAAUAGCACAGGCAGAAUCUGAGCUUGCCUCACAAGAAGUCGUGACUUCUGGGGAUGAUUAUCUGGCCUCAGCCUCUCUAACUCAGGUGAAGGAAGAUAUGUGUUCUGCCGACCAUUUUGUUUCUCUGGAGGCAGAGAGGGAUGCCCUGGAGAGAGAGUCACCAGCUCUGGAAGUGUCUGUCCAGGAAGGUUUUGGCCUAGAUAAAGAGCAGCUGGACAUGACCUCACUAGAGAAGGAAGAGCCAGUCUCUAAACAACUGUCCCCUCCUCAUCCCAGUGUCAGUGAAGAGAAGGGAGAAAAUGUGCCUGAGCCAUCCAUUUCUCUUCCCGAGCCUUCAGUGUUGGAAGAACCAGGGAAAGAAGGAGUGGAAACUUCCCUACCAAUAGUUGCUGCUCCUGAACCUGAAGAUUCAAAUUUAGUGGAAGAUGAGAUCAUAGAACUUGAUUACCCAGAAAGUCCACCAGCUUCUGAGCAGCCUUUCCCACCACUUCUGGCCCCUGAAGUGGAGCACAAAGAAGAGGUGCCCGUUCUACCAUUACUGAUAUCAACACCUGAACACAUCGCUUCUUCUGAGGAGGAAAGAGAGGAAAAUGAGUCUGUUUCUACUGAUUCUGCUUUUGUAUCAGAAUAUUCAGUUCCACAGGACUUGAACCGUGAACUAAAGAAGCAAGAAGUUGAGCCAGUUUCUCCACCCAAUGCAGAUGCUAUCUCUGAUCACUCUGUUUUGUCAGAAGGGAAUGAGGAACUUGAAGCUUAUUCCCCAGCCACAGCCUCUGUGUCUGAGCACUCUCUCUCACCACCCAUGGCUGGGAAGGCCUCAGAAUACCAGUCUCCGCUAUUCUCAAUGGUUACAUCAGAACAUGUGGUGCUAUCAGGAGACGAUGUGUCAGAUAGCGGGCACCACACACCAGACUUCAUAUUUGCUUCAGAACAUUCAGUUCCGGCACAGGCAAUGCAAGAGUUACUGAAGAAAGCAACUGACUGUGAGUCUCCACUCAGUUCAAAAGGUGCUUCUGAGCACAGGCUUCCAUCAGAAGAAGAGAAGGAAGUCUCUGGGCCGUGUUCCCCAGCUACUGCCUUUGUGUCUGCGCACUCUCUUCCACCAUCCACAGCUGAGAAGACUUCAGGACACCAGUCACUGCUGCCUUCUCCUGCUGCAUCAGAACACAUGGUCCUAUUGGAAGGAGAAGAUCUAGGAAGUGAGCAUUUCAUGCCAGAUUCAAAAUUGACCCCCAAACAGGCAGCUUCACCAAAUGCAUUACAGGAAUCCCAGAAGAAAAAAAUUGGUGUGUCCCUAUUAAAACCAAAAGAUGUUUCAGAGCACACGAUUCUGUCAGAAGAAGAGAAGGAAAAUGCUGGGUCGCGUUCCCCAGUGGUGGCCCCUGCUUCUGAACACUCUUUCCCACCACCCCCAACUGAGAAGGCUUUUGAAUGUCAGGCCCCACCACUGUCAGCCAUCGCAUCUGAACCUGUGCUCUCAUCAGAAGAAGAGACAGUAGAGCUGGAGCGAUACACUCCCUCUUCCACGUCUGCUUCUGAAUUUUCACUGCCACCAUUUGCAACACCAGAGUCACAGGAGGAAGACAUUGUGCACAGAUUCCAUCUAAAUCUAAAAGGGGCCUCUUCACCUAUGGAUUUGCCAGAAGAAGAUCAAGAAGACAUUGGACCCUUUUCUCCAGAUUCUGCAUUUGUGUCAGAAUUCUCAUUUCCACCGUAUGCAAAGCAGGAGGGAGAGAAAAGAGAAUUUGAGUAUGAUUCUCCAAUAUGUUUAACAUCCCCAUCUGAUCACACUAUUUUGUCAGAUGAAGAAAUUGAAGAAGCUGGACUUUUUUCUCCAGACUCAGCAUCACAAGUUUCAAUCCCACCAUUUAGACUUCUGGAAACAGAGCAAAAUGAAAGUGAGUCUGAUUCACUACUUACUGCAAGGUCGGCUUCAGGAUAUUCCUGCUUUUUAGAAGUAGGCAAGGAAGAAAUGGGAUCAACAGUGGCUACACCUGUACCUGAGCAUUUCAAUUCAUCACAGAAGCAAAAGGCUGAACCUUUCCUGUUGAUGUCUGCAUUUGAAGACUUGAGUCUGCCACCUUCAACAAAUACGUUGGGGACAGCAGAAAUUAAACCAGAUGUUCAAACAACCUCAACAUCUGUGUCUGAAUAUCUUAUUUUGGCACAGAAGCAGAAAACUCAAGCAUCUUUAGAGCCUGAGUCUGAAGACUUGGUCCCACCAUAUUUAACCAGUGAGUUAAGGAAGGGAGAAAUGAAGGCGAGUUUAGCAGCAGCUACAACACCUGCUUCUUUCCUUGCACAAUCAUCCAUGGUAAAGGAAGAAACCAAACCUGCACCUCAGCACUCAGUUUCACCUGACUCGGUCCAUGCAAUUAAGAAAGAGCAGGAACCCAAAGAGUCACUCACUAUGAAAGCUGCAGAUGAACAGGUGACCUUGCCAACAGUCGAACAGGAAGAAAGUGUGCUUGACUUUCAUGAAGUUAUAACACAUGCAUCACAGGAUAAAAAACUGGAGCCUCAGCAUCCCAGUGUUCCAGGGUCUGGGAUGAAACAUUCAGUUUUGCCUCACUUGGUAGAUGAACCAAAGAAGAGUGUCAAACUCAAUGCAGCUCCGGACAUGACUUCUGAACCAGGGCAGAGGAUGCUUUUGAAGAAUGAGCCCGAAGUAAUACAACCAUAUUCACCUCUAAAGGAAACAUCUUUAUCUGAACCUGAGGGUUUGUCAGCAGUGAAAAUAGAAAUGAAACAUGAUUCUGAAAUAAUAAGUGCACCUCGAGUGUCUCUCUCAGUUUCUUCAGGAGUGGAAAAGCAAGUUGAACAUGGUUCACCUGCACCAGCAUUUUCAGCUUUGUCAGAAGAACUCAAAAAAGAACUUGAACCCAGUUCCUCUACAACUAUGCCCUCUGUAGCUAAGCUUGAUUCAAACUUAACCAAAUUAGUGAGAGAAGAAAUCCCAACAGAUUCAUCUUUUGCCACCCCUGUAGAUUGUUCAGACUUAACAAAAGUGGGAAAGGGUGAAUUAGGCAGUGGUUUGUCACCACUGGUAACAUCUGCAGAUGAGCAUUCAGUUCUCAGAGAAGAGGAAAAGGUAGCAAUUAAUAGUGUUUCCCCCACUGAAAUGUCUUCAUCCAAACAUUUAGCUUGGUCAGAAGCAGAGAAAGAAGUUAAACGUGAUUCACCUCCAAGUAUCUCCUCUAUAUCAGCGCAUUCUAUUUUGUCAAAAGUAGAAACUGAAGAUGUUAAAUUUGGGUUGCCAAUAACCAAAACAUCUUCUCAGCUUUCAGAUGUAUCUGAGGAAGAAAAAGUAGACGACAAACAAAGUCUUUCAUAUUCUACAGUUGUUGACUCUGAAUAUUUGGUUUUAUCACAGAAAAAGAACUUGAUAUCUGCCUCAGGGCCUGAACAUGGGAUGUUGUACAACCUAAGUGGGGAGAUAAAGAAAGAAGAAACUGAACUUCCUUCAUCACAAAAUGUGUCACCUCUAUCUAAACAUAAAGUUUCAAAAGGCAGAAAUGAGGAAAUAGCAAGUUCUUUUCCUGAGCUGGAAGAUUUAUUGUCAGAGGAGUUAACUCCAACAUUUCUGCUCCCGAGUGAUGAUAAGAGCAAACCGUCAAUGGAGAUCUCUUCUACAGCUCAAGGAGAUUUCCUGUCAGAGAAACAAGAUCUUAUUCUAACAGAGAUCUCUUUGGACAAGCCACACCAACCACCAGAAUUCCUAAGUGCUGGGUCAGGAUUUGCUAGUGUUUUAGGUAGACAAAGUGAAUCCCUAAGUCCAAAACAAGUAAAAUGCUCCAUAACAGAAACAGAGGAUUCUAUUUUAGAAAAGGGCCUAGCUGAGUUUAGGAGCAGAGAAGGAAAAGAAGAAAAUAGGGAGCUUCAUUUGUUUACUACAGUGCCUGCAAUGUCAGAGGUGUCAUCACGCCUUGAGGAGGAACCUCAGAAUGAAAAAAUUAAACCUUUCUCUCCUCAGGUAGUCAGCCUAGGACCAAAAGAAGCACCUGCCUCUCUAGUUGAAGGAGACAAACCAGAAGAACUUCAGCCAUAUACCUUUUCUUUAAAAGGAUUAUCAGAGUUGAACCAAUCAGCUAUCUUUAAAAGUGGGGGGGAUCAAAUAAUAGACCUAUUACCAUCAUCAGGAAAAUUGCAGGCACAGGUGAGGGGAGGUGUUGUAACUAAACUAAAUGAAGAAACAGGCCACUCAGAUUCAUCUCAUGUACCCCAGAGUAUAACAGAACCAUCAGAGGUCACUUCUUCUGACCUCUUUGUGGAACAAAAGAAGAUUGAAAAAGCACCUCAUUCAGAUCAAACUGUUAAAUCUCCUGAAGUAAGCACUUUUGUAGAUAAACAAGAUCUGGAUGUUAAACAUUUUUUGUUUAUGAAAGAGGACUUGCCUUUGGAACAAUCAAAAUCAUUUAUGACAACCUUGCCUGUAGAUAUUAAAGAAACAAAAAUGGGUGAGUCCUUUAUUUCUCCAAAGGAUGAAAACAGGAUGUUGGAAAAGCCAGAAUGUGUGGCUAGUGAACAUGAAGAAAGAACACUAAGGUCUGUGCAGCUGGAGUUCACUGACAGCAGUGACACGAAGACAGGGCAGCUCAGAACUGCUCUAUCUGAUGAGGACCAUAUGCAUGAAGUCAGAGAGCAGGUCUUUCCGCAUCCUGCUGUAGAAGCUCUUUUGUCAUUACGAGAACCACUAUCUACUCUUGAUACUUCCAGUGGUAAUGUAGAGAUCUGGCCAAGCAAUACCUACUCUUCUGAAGAAGUAAAGCUGGCCCAAGAACCAUCAUCUUUAGUUUUAGUUGGAAAUGUAGAGAGAAACAUAGCAGAGGGGAAGCAGAUUCAUUCUUCCAUGGGGAGUGAAGGUUUGAUAUCGGAGAAAGCAAACACCAAGUUUUCCAUACCUUGCAAAGAAGAUAGCCAGGAAGAAAUCAAGCUGCCUCCUGAAAGAAGCUUCCAGAAACCAGUGUCUGGCCUGUCCAUGGAACAGAUGGAGUUAGAAACUAUCCCUUCUUCUGUCAAAACAGCCCAUUUCCUGAUAGAAGAUACAGAACCUGCAUUGGGUAAUGAAAAAGAAAUACAGAGGAGAACACUUCCCUUACUUAGAGAGAAGUUGUCAGAAGAAUCAAAAAUGGUUCAGUCAAAGGUUGUAGAUGAUGCUUAUGAGGGCGGGAAACCAGCAUCUGAAGUGAAAAUCCCCACACAGAGUAAACCUCUCUCCUCAAUCCAAGCCAACAAAGAACCCCAAUCCCCAGAGUCACCUGAGAUGAUGCAAAAGCUGCCUGAGCAGCCAAAGGUGGCUAAGUCAGGCCUUCCUGAGGAAAAAGAAAAGAAAGGAAUUUCAUCUUUCAAAUCGUGGAUGUCCAGUUGGUUUUUUGGAUCAAGCACUCCAGAUAAUAAAGUUGCUGAAAAGGAUUUAGAAACUCAGCCAAGUCCAUCUGUAGAAAAAGCAGUGACUGUGAUAAGACCUAAAGAUACAAUUCCUGCUGAUUUUGAUGCAGCUGAGAGACCACUUGACCAUUCAUUACUGGAGAUAAACCUUAAAACUGCUGAUGAGUCCAGAGGUACUUUAAUUAAAUCUGGUGAAGGUCAAGACUUCAAGGAAAAACUCACAGUGUUAUCAAAGGUAGAAGUUUUACAACAGUCAAAAUCUAACUCUGAGGUGUCAAGGGAAGACUAUGGGAAGAAAGAAAUACCAGACUAUUCAGAUGAAAUGAACAUAUGCACAGUAGUUACUUCCACUUGUGGUAAAGAACAUCUUGGCAUUCAACCUUAUUCACCCAUUGGUGAGAAAUUGGUUAUGGAAGAAGCCAAAAAUAUUGCUCCUCUUCAUGUUAAUGAUAGUAAAAGAGUCCAGAAGCCAGAAAUCUCUCCUCCAUCUAAAUGGGGUAUUUCUAUUCUAAAGGAAAAGCCAGGAAGUAAUCAAGAAGAAAAAUCAUUCCUUUCACUUGAUGUAGUAGAUAAGAUGCCACCACAGCCAAAAUCAGCUUCAUACAACCUCACAAGUGAAAAUAUUAUGAAGGAAUCAGAGAAAUCAGAGUCAAUAAUUUUGCCAGUAAAAGAAUCAAAAAGCAGUUUAAUUGAUCUUGGUGAAGACAGACUAAAGAAAGAAAUUCUGAAACCUCCUUCCUUAAUAAUUUCUGAAGAGGAAUUCAAACUCGGGUCUGUUAGUCCAACUGAGGAAAAAGGUUACUUGGAUACCAGGUCAUAUGCGUUGGCAGAAAAGAAGGUUCUGGCAGAAAAGCAAGACACUGUGGCCCCAUUAGAGCUUAGAGAUGAUCAUGAAAUAGGGAAGUCACAAAUUACACAUGAAUCUAGACCUACUGAAUUAGAAGAAUCAAAAGCUGCUGUGAUGCUGCAGCAACUCUAUCAAAAUGAAGACCACAGUGAAAGAUCCAAAAUCAUUGUUAAUUCUAAAGAGGAAAAAGAAGACAUCGCUAUCAUAAAAGAAAGUAUGAAGCAAGGAUCGCCAGCUAAAGAAUCUGAAAGGACUUUAGAUAGUCCUUUUGAUGAAACAAAGAGCUUAGAAAUGCCAUCCUAUUUGCUGUCAUCUGUAAAACCACAGACUCAUGCUUCAGGAACUUCUCCGGAAAUUAACACAGCAAAGAAACAAGAAAGGUCAUGGUCAGAAUUGACUCCAGAUAGGCCUACAGUUCAUACUAUUCAUGUAUCUAAAAAUCAUAUGACUGAUGUGCCUAAACAAUCUGUUCUUGUUUCAAAGCACCGUUUGGAGGCUGUGGAAGAAACCCAUGUAAAUGAACCACUUUCUCCAGCAAGAAGCAACUAUGCUCAGUUUAUAAUGAAUGCAUCAGCAAUCAAUGCUGACAAAAUGGUUUCUACUAAAGAAGUGUCCGAGAAGCCUGAAGACAUGCAUGCAAAAGACAAAGAAUUUGCAGUGACUAGUAAGCCAGCUGGACUUUUGGAAGAUCAGAAGAGUGCCUUCAGUAUCAUUUCUGAAGGCUGUGAGAUAUUGAAUAUUCAUGCUCCUGCCUUUAUUUCUUCAGUUGAUCAGGAAGAAAGUGAACAAAUGCAAGAUAAGUUAGACUAUUUGGAAGAGAAAGCCUCAUUUAAAACCAUACCACUCCAUGAUGAUAGUGAGGAAGUUGUUUUCCAUAAGCUAAUAAAGAGCAAUUUAGAAGAUUCUGGUGAAACAGUGGUAUCAUUGAAAGAAAACAAACAAAAGGAAACUCAUAAGACAAAAGAAGACAUCUCCACAGAUUCAGAAACUGGAGAUUUAGGUUUUAUUCAGCCCACACUUCCCAGUGAGGAGGAUUAUUUUGAAAAAUAUACUUUGAUUGAUUAUAACAUCUCACCAAACCCAGAAAAACAGACAACUCCACAGAAAUUAAAUGUUGAAGAGAAACCCUCAAAGAAGGUUACAGAAGAAACUCUCUCUUUCCCAGAAAAUUCAGGGGAACAUGUCCUAGAACAUGAAUAUGACUUGGUGAAAUUAGAUGAAAGUUUUUAUGGACUGGAAAGGGACCAUAGCAAAUCAUCUCCCCCCCAAACCCAGAAGUCUUUGGUUAUCCCAAAAUCAGUUGAAAGAAAUGCUUCCAAGUGCUUAAGCAGAGAUGUGGACUCAAAGUCACCUGGGAUGCCCUUAUUUGAUACAGAGGAAGGAGUUCUGUCACGACCCCAGAUAUUUCCCACUACUGCUAAAGCCAUUAAUCCAGAGCUUUUGGAGGAGCCACCCGCCCUUGCAUUUUUAUAUAAGGAUCUGUAUGCAGAAGCUGUUGGAGAGAAGGAAGGGGAAACGGCUUCUGAAGGUGAUGGUGUGAAUUCUGAGGCAUCAUUUCCACGCAGAAAUUCUGACACCGAUGAUGGAACAGGAAUAUAUUUUGAGAAGUACAUACUCAAAGAUGACAUUCUCCAAGACACAUCUGUAACUCAAAAGGACCAAGGCCAAGGUCUGGAAGAAAAAUGGGUUACUAAGGAUGAUUCAUGCCAACCGAUAGUUGCAGAAGGGGAAGUUGUGGGGAAGUUUGGAACUAUUUUGGGGGAGAAGAGUCUGGAAAAACAGAAAGCUGUUUGCAGGGAAGGAGAAUCAGUAGGCCAUGUCGAGACUCCUAGUAACACAGUGAUGCAGAGGAAAGCUCCCAUCACUGAGGAAGUCAGUGUGGUUACCCAGCAGAUAAGCUAUGCAGUUCCAUUUCAAGACACCCAUCCGGUUCUGGAGUGUGUAGAUGAAGCAAGCAGUCAAAGUGAUGAAGCAGGACACACAAGUCCAGAGGUCAAUCUGAACGUCCCAGUUCAAGUGUCCUUCCCAGAAGAAGAAUCUGCAUCUGGUGCAACUUAUGUUCAAGAAACACUACAAGAACCUAAAAUCCCGGUCCCACCUGAGCCAAGAGAAGAGUGGCUUCGCAAUAGUCCUGUCCAGGAUGAGUAUGAAUUUGCUGAAUCCCUGAAUUAUGAAGUGGUUACUCAAGACACUUUAUCAGAAGAACUGUAUUCAGAAUCUACAGCUGAAGAUGCAUUAUCUCAAAGAAAAGAGUCCCUUGGACACAUCAGUGAAAAUGAAUUUGUGAGUGAGGUGGGGCAAAGUACAUCUGCUGAGCAAAAAGAGCUGGGGAGAGAGAGGCAAGAAAAAGAUCAGUUAUCAGAAUUAGUAACUGAAAAGGCCCAAAAGGAACCGAAAAAGUCUCAAGUUGAUACAUAUUGCCACACUUGCAAAAGCCCAAUUUCUGCUAUCGACAAGGCAUUUGGCACCCACAAAGACCAUGAGGUUUCAACGCUUGACACAGCUAUAAGUGCUGUAAAGGUUCAAUUAGCAGAAUUUCUAGAAAAUUUACAAGAAAAGUCCUUGAGGAUUGAAGCCUUUGUUAGUGAGAUAGAAUCCUUUUUUAAUACCAUUGAGGAAAACUGUAGCAAAAAUGAGAAGAGGCUAGAGGAACAGAAUGAAGAAAUGAUGAAGAAGGUUUUAGCACAGUAUGAUGAGAAAGCCCAGAGCUUCGAGGAGGUGAAGAGGAAGAAGAUGGAGUUCCUGCAUGAGCAGAUGGUGCACUUUCUGCAGAGCAUGGACACUGCCAAGGAUACCCUGGAGACCAUCGUGAGGGAAGCAGAGGAGCUGGACGAGGCCGUCUUCCUGACUUCAUUUGAGGAAAUCAAUGAAAGGUUGCUUUCUGCAAUGGAGAGCACUUCUUCUUUAGAGAAAAUGCCUGCUGCUUUUUCCCUCUUUGAACAUUAUGAUGACAGCUUGGUGAGAAGUGACCAGAUGUUAAAGCAAGUGGCUGUUCCACAGCCUCCUAGAUUAGAACCUCAGGAACCAAAUUCUGCCACUAGCACGACGAUUGCUGUUUAUUGGAGCAUGAACAAGGAAGAUGUCAUUGACUCAUUUCAGGUUUACUGCAUGGAAGAGCCACAAGAUGACCAAGAAGUAAAUGAGUUGGUAGAAGAAUACAGAGUGACAGUGAAAGAAACCUACUGCAUUUUUGAAGAUUUGGAGCCUGACCGAUGCUAUCAAGUGUGGGUGAUGGCUGUGAACUUCACUGGAUGUAGCCUGCCCAGUGAAAGGGCACUUUUUAGAACAGCACCCUCGACACCUGUAAUCCAUGCUGAGGACUGCACCGUGUGUUGGAACACAGCUACCAUCCGCUGGCAGCCUGCCACUCUGGAGGCCACGGAGACCUACACUCUGGAGUACUGCAGACAGCACUCUCCUGAGGGUGAGGGCCUCAG